AUGUGGUGGGAAGCAGGUAAUUCUGCUCAUGUUGGUCAUUAUAAUCAACGAGAAACCCCCGAAGCGCGAGAACAACUGAGACUUGAAGUGGAAGCUAAGGAAAGUGCAAGGCAGAAAAAAGCCAAAAAGGCUGUAGAGGCGUACGAGAAGAAUAGGAAGAAGUGGCAGAAGAGGUUAACGCAUUUGAAAAUGAUCAGUGCGAUAGUGAUCAUCGGUAUAUUCCAAAGGAAGAUAGCUGUUGUUUGCCUUGCGGGAUUGAUAUACUACGUAUUCGCAAUGGAGAUAACCGAGAUGUUGAAACCGAAAAGUAAACAGGUGGAUGAUGAUGAUAAACCGGCUAAGAAGAGGAAGAAGAUACCUACUACACCGGGUAUGGCCAUGACAUACAUAUAUGAACCAAAUGGUCAGAGCGUCAUGGAAGCCGGUGCGAUACCUACUAAAGCACCUAGUCAUAGACUUAUGACCAGUCUGGAUAGUAGAUAUGCCUGGUAG